AUGGGUGCGAAGGAUUCAAAGCUUAGUUUUAUAUCAUACGAUGACGCUGUGAAACGAGUGUCUGAGAGUGAGUUGAGGCGUAUACGUGAGGCAUUUAAGAGAUGUGCUGGAGCUAACGGGUCCGUGUUGAGCUUCGAGGCGUUCGUUCAGGAGGUGCUCUGCGAUGGAGUGCCUCUGGAAGUCGCGGAGUGGCUGUACCAGGCGUGCGGAGGAACGAAGCGAGGGAUCACCUUCAAGGACCUGUUACGUGGAGUUGUCGUUCUUACGAAGGGGAACAUAGAAGAGAAAAUCAAGUUCCUGUGGACGUUGUAUGUUAAUAAUCAAAAUGACAACGGCACAUACAUAUACAAACGAGAGUUUGCUAGAGCGCUGCACCUCGAAAAUUCAUCGUUACCAGAGAACGAAUCUCAGAGAACCCUGGACAUACUGACCAGUCUGUUUGGUUCCUGUGAGAGGGUCACCUUCGAUCAGUUCAGAUCUUGGCUCCUCAUACAUAAAGAUGCUACGGUCCUAUCAAAAUGGUUGUUAUUCGAUAGAAACAGUAUACCACAGGAUUUAGACACACCAACAUUCUACCAAAGCUUAGCUGGAGUCACACAUUUGGAUGAAAGGGAUAUAAUAGAAUUGGAGAAAUGUUUCUGGUGUCUCCGGAAUUCGGCUCCAACUGGAGAAUUGGAUAUUCAGAGUAUGAAGGGGCUCCUGUCUCCGCCUCUGCCGCGGGCGGCUGUUGAGGGCACUUUCCUGGCUUUCGAUGAAAACAGAGAUGGACAUAUAGACUUUAAGGAACUCUGCUGUGGACUUAGCGCUGCUUGUAGAGGUCCUACUACGGAGAGGCUCAAAUUUUGCUUCAAAAUAUUCGACCUGGAUCGGGACGGUCUUCUCAAUAAGAAAGAACUAGAAGACAUGGUCAGUAUACUGUGUACUAUAGCCAACGAGGCUAUCAAGAACCAAGAUUCGAGGUCUUCAACACCCUCGGACGGAGAGUCGGAGGGUGAUAGGGGUUUUGACCCCGAACAGGUGUUGAAGAACUUGAAGGAGAAACUGGUGUCAGUACCCACAGAUGCGAGGAAGCCGAUGUUCCAACUGGGACCCACUGACGCUGAGAGAACAGUCGCUACGGACGAGGAGUACGGGAGCGGUCUACGUCUAGAGGAGUUCCUCAUCUGGAGUGUAGAGAGUGCGGGCCCACUAGUGACGCCCUGCAGGGAACUCUUGUUGGAGCUGUGUCACGUGGUGUUAGGACUAAGACCGGAGUGUAGACAUCGAGAGAGAGACAUCGUCCUUGGCUGGUUACGUCGUGAGACCUGCCGCGGUCUGUCCGUGGGUCAGUUCUGGUACCUGGUCUCUGCCUCCUGGUGGCGCGCCUGGCUACACUACUGCGGCUCGCCUGGCUCUUGCUGCCGACGGGACGAUAUAGUACCUGAUGACAGCUUCACUACUAAUUCAACCGAGUCAAUGGGUUCUUUGCUCUGGCCGGCGGAAAGCGCAUCUCUGGGCAGCGCUGGCGGCAGCGCGGGCAGCGCCAGUAGUGGAGUAGGUAGCGUGAGGGCGGCACCUCACCCGGGGCCCGUAGACAACUCCCCGCUGCUCGGGGGCGGAGGACCAGCGGUGCGGGCGCUCACCGGCGAGGGUGGCACUCUCCGCCGUGACGUCACACUAGCACAGCAUCGCGACUUCGAGCUGGUCCCAGAUGCUUUAUGGCACGCGCUCGCACUGUGGUACGGCGCCGCGGACCCCCUGCCGAGACAAGUGAUCAGGCCGGUGCACGCGGACGUGGAGCUCGAGCUGUACCCGCUGCAGAUGAGGAUCUACAGGCACGUGCCCGGGCCGCAGAUGGAUGUGUCUGCGUCAGGAGCGACCACCCUGGGUCUGUUGGGGGCAGGAGCGGCGGGCGCGGGGGUGGGGGCCGGAGCACUGUACGCCGCGCCGCCUGAUAGACAGCUAGCAUACACAGCGGCCUUCUCUAGGCUGGCUACCAUCAAACAGGUGACGGAGUUCCUCUGCGGCGCCCUGGGUCUAGCGCGUGAGGACGUGCGGCUGUGGGCCCUCGGGACCGGCGCUUUGCUGUUGGAUGACGAGCGACCGACACUACAGGCGCUCAGGCUGGAUGAACGGUCUAAACUACUGCUGGAGGUGCGCAACCCUGACCUCACCUGGCCUGAGGAAAUUGGCGCGCUCGGAGCGCAAUCAGCGUGCGGUGUGACCGGGGCGGCGCGGUGGGCCGAACGACGGGAAACACUGACCGCGCCGCAACUACCCGGCGCCACGGGGCUCCACAACCUGGGCAACACGUGCUACAUGAACGCUGCACUACAGAGUGUCUGGAACACGGGCCCGUUAGCGCGGUACUUUAACUCGGGCCUGCAUCUGUACGAAGUGAACUCCGUCAAUCCACUCGGUACCGGCGGAUCCUUGGCAUUGCGCUUCGGCGAGUUAUGCAAGGAGGUGUGGUCGUCGAGCGCGCGGUCCAUAGCGCCGGUGAGGCUGCGGUGGUGUGUGUCUCGAUACGCGCGCGAACUCGCGGGCGGGGGGCAGCACGACGCUCAGGAGUUACUGGCCUGGCUGCUGGACGCUCUUCACGAGGACCUGAACCGCGCCGCCGUCCCCGCCCCCGCCCCGCCCACUCCUAGCCCCGCACCUCCCAAUCCUCCUGCCGGGCCUCGCCCAGACCGCGAGUCAGCCGCCGAGGCGUGGGCCGCUCACACCGCCCGUAACGACUCCAUCAUAUCGGAGCUGUUCUACGGCCAGCUGAAAUCAAAGGUCCGCUGCAGCGUGUGCGCCAGUGAGUCGGUCCGGUUCGACACAUUCAACAUGCUCAGUCUUCCGCUGCCGAUGGAGUCGUACGUCUGCGCCAUAGUUAGAGUGGUCCUGUUGGAUGGGUCGGUACCGACGAAGUAUGGUGUGAGAGUGAACUCGGAGGGAACUUACAUGGAUCUUAAAGAAAAACUGUCGGAGUUGUGCGGCUUGUCACCGGACUUGAUGCUCCUGGUGGCGUUGUCGGGAGCGACCAUAGGGCGCGUGCUCGAGUCUGAUAACAAAGUGAGUGCGGCCAUCGCGAGAGAGCUGGUCGCGUAUGAGUUGCCCUCGGACAAUGGAAACGACGGCAGCGACCAGGACGAGUGGUCUAGUGAUAUAGAGGAGAGUGACUCCGGCGUGACGGAGGGCAUGCUGUCCGACGAGGACGAGCGCAUCCGACCGCCGGCUGACGAGCGUGACGGACGUGACGGACGUGACGCACGUGACGGACGUGACGUCGGCGACGACCGGGACGGACGACUGGCGGGCUCGGUGAGUGUGGCGCGCGGCCGGACAUCCUCCUCGCUCUGCAUGCCUGCACUCUUCUGCUUUAAGCGUUCCCGCUCUGAAUUGCUCAUGUCUGCCUCACCGACGGCAUUAUACGAGCGGCAUACCCUACCGCGGGCGAUGUCAGCGCCCACCUCCCGUACGCCCACGCACAGCGCCCAACUCGCCCACCACGCCCACGUGUCCAAUCAGACGACGUACGAGGAAGGGGACAACUAUUUGAUAGCUGUUCACAGGAAGCAAGUGUCAGGCGAGGGUUACCUAGUAGGGGGCGGAGGUCGCGCGGCGUUGUUCGGCUCUCCGUUGGUUGUGUGCACUAAACCCGGGACUUCCGGUAGGCGAGUGUACGGCCGUGUGUGGACUCAACUAGCGAGGCUGCUGUCGGCUAGACCGGCUCCUAGACCACACACCAGACAUAACCACGCUACGGACUGUGAUGACAGUCUCGGCUAUGAGUUUCCGUUCACGCUGCGUGUAGUCGGCGCUAGUGGCUUGUGGUGCGCGCUCUGUCCAUGGCCGGCUCUUUGUAGGGGAUGCGUGCUGCCAGCUACUGAUGACGUGCUCAUAAAAGACGGUACAUGUCGUCCUAGAAGAAGAACAGAACCUCGUGAUGAUGGUCCAGACACAGACUCACCUAUAGCACGAGCGAAGCUACAGAGACAAGCCAGCUCACGACUCGGCAACCAUACUGGUUCCCACCAAUCUUCUGACGGUGUGGUCCGUCGCCUCGACCUGUCAGGGUUGCGUCGAGCCGGUGUGAGGGUGAUGCUCGCUAUAGACUGGGAUCCCACAGCACUACAUCUCAGAUACCAAUCCACAAGAGAGAAGGUGUUCGUCGAGCAUGGUUCAGUUCAGGCCUGCCUAUCAGCUGGGUCCCAGCCCGUGGACCUGGCCAGCUGUCUGCGGGCCUUCACCUCCGAGGAGAGGCUCGAGGCCCGUUACCACUGCGGACCUUGUUCAGCACUACAACCGGCUACUAAGAAACUACAGAUGUGGAGACUACCGCCCGUACUGAUCAUUCAUCUCAAGCGGUUCCAAUACGUGAACAACAAAUGGAUCAAGUCCCACAAAGUAGUCGAUUUUCCCUUCGAAGAUUUCGACCCGACGCCCUACCUCGCCUCGGUACCACAGGAAACGAUCCUACGACACGAGGAGCUCAACCAAAAACGAAGAUCAUCAAACUUCAUAGACAUAGAAGAUAGAAUAUCUGAGAGUGAUGCCGAAACUGAGGAGGAAAUAGAUAUGACAUCCGAUGAAGCUGCUAAAAGACGAAGCAAAGACAGGAGAAGACGGGAGUCAGUAGAAGUGAAGGGAAGGAGACGUCUCGAGUCAACCAGUUUGAUAACAACCCCCGUGGUGGAUGAUAACUUGAUGGACUACCACCAGCAUCGACUGCUGCCUGAACGAGACGUGUUCGACCUCAAGUAUAGGCUGUACGCGGUCGUGUCUCACUCGGGCCAGCUGUCCGGUGGUCACUACGUGUCCUACAUCCGUCAUUCCUCCGGCUCCUGGCUGUGUUACAACGAUAGUUCCUGCCGCGAGCUCGGCUCAGCGCCUACACUGGACGCCGCAGCAGCGUACCUGCUGUUCUACGAGCGUGUAGGCCUCCGCUACGACGCUUACCUCCCCUCCCCGCCGGACCGACCGCCUCCACCCCUUCCCGCUGACGACCCAGACCUAAAGAACGUCUGUAGCAUCGUGUAG